AUGCCAGCAGAACACUUGAUGAGGCACAAUGCAAGUAUGCCACAACAGAAAAGGAGCUUCUUGCUAUUGUCUUUGCAUUUGAAAAUUUCGAUCAUACUUGGUGGGAUCAAAGUUAUAGUUCACUCUGAUCAUGCAGCAUUAAGGUAUCUUUUAUCUAAGAAAGAUGCCAAGCCAAGAUUGUUGAGAUGGAUACUACUACUGCAAGAAUUUGAUCUUGAGAUCAAGGAUAGAAGAGGAGCAGAUAAUGGAGUAGCUGAUCAUCUUUCAAGGAUGAGAGUUGAAGAAAAUCUACCCCUUGAUGAUAGGCUACCUGAAGAAUCAGUUUAUGCAGCUGAAGCUAGCAAUAAGCAUGGACAACUAGGCCAUCACAGGCCAGGAACAAAGAUCUCAUCAUCAAACACACCAUGGUUUCGCCACAUAGCAAACUUCCUUGCAGCUGAAUACCCACCACCAAACUUCUUUGGCUACAGAAAGAAGAAAUUUCUGCGUGAUGUAAGAAGGCACUUUGCCACUUACAAGACAGUAUCCAAGGUCCUACAAGCUGGAUUUUGGUGGCCAACUAUGUUUAAGGAUGCUCAUGCAUUCAUAUCAAGAUGUGAUGCUUGCCAAAGAAUGGGAAAUAUAAGCAAGAGGAAUGAGAUGCCACAGAACUUUAUACUAGAAGUUGAAGUUUUUGAUGUUUGGGGCAUUGACUUUAUGGGACCCUUCCCAACCUCUUUUGGUGACCAAUACAUUCUAGUGGCAGUUGAUUAUGUCUCCAAAUGGGUGGAAGCCAUUGCCAGCCCUACUAAUGACGCACAAGUGGUCAUCAAGAUGUUUAAAUCCAUCAUUUUUCCAAGGUUUGGAGUGCCUAGGAUAGUCAUAAGUGAUGGAGGUUCACAUUUCAUCAACAGAAUCUUUGCCAACCUUUUGAAGAAGCAUGGAGUCACUCACAAAGUUGCCUCUCCUUACCACCCUCAAACUAGUGGACAAGUUGAGAUCUCAAACAGAGAACUCAAGAGCAUACUUCAGAAGACAACAGGCAAGACAAGAAAGGAUUGGAGUGCCAAACUAGAUGAUGCUCUAUGGGCAUACCGCACUGCCUUCAAAACACCACUUGGUACCACCCCCUUUCAUCUUGUUUAUGGUAAAGCAUGUCAUUUACCUGUGGAGCUGGAGUACAAAGCAGCUUGGGCUAUUAAGGAGUUGAACUUCAACCUAAAGACAGCAGGAGAAAGAAGAUUGAUUCAGCUAAUGAGCUUGAUGAGAUUAGGCAUCUGGCUUAUGAGAAUUCAAAGAUCUAUAAGGAGAGAACCAAAGCUUUCCAUGACCGCAAGAUCAUCCCAAAGAACUUUGCGCCAAACGACCAAGUUCUACUAUUCAAGAUCUAACGCCCAACCGCGCAGACCGGCUGGCCGAGGAACGAAUGUUCCGCGCUCGGCCAAAACCGUAUUCCGUCCGACUGAAGUCUCGGCCAAAGUUCCAAACCACUCGGCCGAUCACGCAACGCGACCCGGGAAACAUUGUCCCGCGGUCGGCCAAGCUUCAAGCGCUCCACGCCACACCGCGCACGACCAAAGCGCGCGAGCCGGGAAACAAGGCCUCGCGGCCGCGCAACCGUUCCGCGUGCCACGGCCGAUGCAUCCGUCCGAGCCGGGAAAGAACGUCCCACGUCCGGCCGAGAAUUCUCAUCGGCCAAAUCUCAAUCCGCUCGACCACGCCGGCCGACCGCGAAUCCAUCCGACCCCGACCGUUCCGACUCGCCCAAGACCGACUGUCCGGCCGAUCGUCCCGCACGACCGUCCCAACGCCGCGGUCGACCCGAAGCCCUUUUGA